GCUAGCUCAUCGAGUCGCCCGCCCUGACCGCUUGGCCUGGUAUCGUAACUUUCUGGCCACACGAUGAGUGAAUUGCAAUCUUUUUUUGCGUCCGACUCGGAGUACUCGGAGGACGAAGCCCAAACAAGCGCUGACCUACCUCGUCGCGUGGCCGAUGCCGCUGCGUCCGGAGACAUAGACACAAUUCGGAGAUGGCUCGCCGCCGGCGGCUCACCAGACGCAGUUCUGAGAUGGAGCGACGGGAGGACAUACGGAAUCCUCGAUUUUACCUGCGCGUCGAGCCGGCCGUCGAACACUGAAAUUGUGGACCUGCUCCUCGCGGCCGGCGUCAACCUCGAAGGUCCACGUGGUGGCACGUCAGUGGAAAUUGCGUCAAAGUAUGGCGCGGAGGCUACUGUUCGCAGACUCCUGAGGGCCGGAGCAUCGGUCCAUGGAGGUGGAGCUCAGAGUGAAGGGCGUACCAGUGGCGUCACACCCCUCCACAAGGCCGUGAUAGCGAAUAAUUGGGGGUUUUACAGGGACCCUUGGUCAAUCGCCCAAGCCAAACGAGCCACGUCGCUCGGGCACCAGGGCAUCGUCCGAAUGCUCCUCGCGCAUGGCGCCACGGUCGACGGACGCGCUUCUUCAUCUCAAUCCACCCCGCUCCAUAUAGCCGCAAGGCUGGCCGGUUUUAUUUCUCUCGGCCUCGUGAAGGAGUUGCUGAAAAAUUGCGCGUCACUUGAUGCCGUCGACUUUAGCGGACAUGUUCCAGAGGAAGUUGCACAGAGCAGGCUAGCAAGGCCGAUUUACACUGGUAACGGCAUUCCAGAGGACCCGCAGUCCCUCCGGCGCCCGGGAGCCGUCGAGGCGUUCCUCGCGCUCCUCGCCGACGUGCGCGCCGCGGGUUCGUUCAAGCGCUACGCGAACGCGCAGAGCGCGGCGUGGAAAACAAGCGUGGUCGCCAGCUGAGCCGACUCACCGGCGAUAUCCACGCAGGCCGCGCCUCGAUGUCGUCGUCCUGCAGGCGCUCUGCGCCGAAGGCCGCGCGUCGCCGCCGCCCGUCCUCACGCGCCUCUUCCCGACCUCUACGAAGUCGCCGCACCUGCCGAAGGAAAUCUUCUGGCGCAUCCUCCAGUUCUGGCGCACGGACCGCGACCCCUGACUAGUAAGAGAAGCUUUACACAG